AGACCUCAUAGUGGCGUUGAUCAUGGACCUCUUGAUCGGCCGCCCAAGGAAUCCUGAAUCGACGGAGCGCAAAAGAAGAGCUUUCUUGUGGAUACCGAAGAAAAAGAAACCUGAGAACCCAGAGAAACAACCCUUGCUGCCAACGAGAACUACCAUGCUAAUGCUGUUGUGCCUUUUGUGUCUGUGUUGGUCGCCGGUGGGGGGCAUUCAUUUGAUUCAACAACCGGGGAACUUAUGGGUUACAUGGGCUAAUCAGACAGGAAGAACAGACUUUUGUCUUGCAUUACAGUCAGCUACGUCACCCUUUCAAACAUGCCUUAUAGGGGUCCCAGAAUGGGAUGACUCUGCGUUUAAGGGUUACCUUGGGAAAAAGAGUGGCUGUUUGCGGUUCUGCAAUGGACUAGAAAGAACUUGGAGGUGGCUGGGAAAUGAUUCCGUAUACUAUCUCGGAAGGAAAAUGGCUUGUACUAUUUGUAGGUUAAACAUCACUCUUCCCGAGGAGCCCCAGCAGCUGGAUUUACUUGGCUCACAAAUGGUACAAAAUGAUACUUGGGACAAGAAUAGCUCACAAUGGUUGUCCCCUGGGUGCAUGAUCUUUGGCUCAAUGAAAAGGUUGUCUCUGACUAGGCAGCAACUUCUUGGUCCAGAGGGCCCCUACUGGGACCCGAAAACUAAUCAAACUGUCCCCUAUACCCUUGUGUAUCCCCGUGAUGAUGAGACCUUUGAUAUUGAUGGAGGAUAUUGUGGUUUUACCCUAACGAUCGGUGCCUUAUCGUUCUGGAGAUUGUCCUAUAAACGUCUCAAUAGGUGAGAUUGUUAAUAUUAGCAGGACGGAUGGGUCUGUCCGAAAGGUCGACUGUGAAGAUAUGGCAUUCA